AUGAGCGCCGAGUGGAAAAGAUCGAGGCCAAAGAGAGGACAAUACAGAAAGUACGACAAAGAGGCGCUUGAAAAAGCGGUGAGAAGCGUUCGACUUGGGGAGAUGUCCGUGCAUAGAGCCGGCAGCUUUUAUGGAGUACCACACUCAACACUCGAGUACAAGGUAAAGGAACGAAACCUUUUGCGUCCAAAGCCGGUCUCCUCAAAUCAGUCAAGAGAUGAGAAAGAUGAGAUGAUCGAGGAAUCAAUUCAUCAAGAUUCCACAACUGAUGACACAACAUCACCCACAGAU